UUAUGAUAUUGAGCGCUAACUCCGCCUACCUAGGAGAAGUCCAGUGUACGCCGGUAACUAUUAAACGACUCUGCUACGGUUAACGGUGGAGCAUUUCCGCAACCAAUCAACAGACUCCGUUUAAGGGGCCGAGCGGUAUACAGCCAAUUGCAAAGCACAUGGUUGAUGAAAAGGAAGAGCAUAGGCGUAAUAUUGCUGUGGUUGGUUCAAACUCUUGUCACCUGAAAGAAUGAGUCAUAAAUGGGCUCUAAAUACCUGGGUGAAAGUAAGCAGAACAUUUAAUUUGUGGCAAACACAUGCCCGCAAGUCAGCAGCAUCACUUCCCUUGUGUGGUACCUCUCACUGCAGAGUUAAUUUAAAACAACCUCAUUGCUACAAGGUUGGACAUCUCAGCUGGAGGCACAUCCAUCACCUGAGGAUCACUGGGCGUAAAGGAUGGCUCUGUAAAGCUAACCAGGUUCGACAAAGGCUUGGACUCCACACCAGCACCUUGUAUUUGAACACUUCAGCCUCGCGGUGGUCUGCUGGUCUAAGCCAACACAUGUCGCGUGUCAGGAACACACUGGACACAGUUUCCAAAGCUGUGAGUGGCAAACAUACUGAACUUCUCUCCAAAAUUGCCAGGCUCAAGCCUAAUUCUUUAAAGGAUGAGACAAAGUCAAGUGUUGAGUCAGCGGCAAAAGCUGAGAAGCGUGAAGUCAUGCCUAAUCCUGCUCCCACUAAUGCUGCUCCCCCUUCUUCAUCUACUACACCCAAACCUAUAUGUAACUCAUCAUCUGCCAGGCCUUCUAUUCCUACUUCUGCUGCUACAUUUGAUGCAAGUGCCACUACCUCCACUCAUCCUCACAACUCUAACCAAGCAACUGUCAUGGCCACAAUCCUGACUGUGCGUGAAUUUAAGGAGAAAAGGCUGAGACGUGUUGUUCCCGCUGUCAAAGCCAGGAAGCAAGAGGAGCCUAAGCUUUCACUGGGUGAUAAUGAGAGCAAGUGCACAAUUUCCAAACAAACCCCAGCACUUUUCCAUCCCAGCACCUUUUCAGUCAACCUGGAUGACACUUACAACUACCUGGCCCAUCACAUCAACUCCUACUUUGGCAGCAGUACAAACACUCAGGACAAGAAAGUGGACAAUCUUGACCAUUCCUCCGCUUCCUCUCAGGGUCAACAAACUAGUGAACUCAUACCAGUUUCUGUUAAAAUAGUCUCUGUUGCUCCAGUUACACCACCUUCCACUAAGAAAGGUUUAGGACACUACCUGUCCUACUCAGCUCCCACUGUACAAGCCUUUGUAGGAAGCUACAUUGCUCCCCUGGUCCCAAGGUUUAGGGCAGCAGAGUCCAAACCUGCUACAGUGGAGGAAAAGAAGUCUCAGGAUGCACCUGUCAAACAGGUUCAGGCCACAAUUAAUAAGGAACAGAAGUUUGCAGAGGAGAAAGCCAAUAAACUUCUGCUUCAAAGGGAGAAGAUCAUUGCCAGGGUGAGUGUGGACAAUCGAACUCGGGGUCUGGUUCAGGCUCUGCACAGGGCAUCAGAUGUACGGGUCUACAUCAACAGGGUGGAGGACCUCAGCUACCAUCUCCUGGAGUUUCCAGAUACUAGUGGCGUUGCAGUCAAGGAACGGGUUAUCCCGUGCCUGCUGCGUCUAAAACAGGCCAGUGACCCAGGCCUGAGGGCAGCGGUUAGAGAAGCCCUCGCUCUGGUGGGCUACCAUAAACCUGUGAAAGGCCGGGGCAUACGGAUCCUGUCCAUAGAUGGAGGAGGGUUAAGGGGACUUGUUGCACUUCAGACGUUACACAAGCUUGAAGCCCUGACCGGCAAACCCAUUUACAAACUGUUUGAUUAUAUUUGUGGUGUCAGCACAGGUGCUAUUUUAGGGUUCUUGCUAGGUGUGUUCCAAAUCCCACUGAACGAGUGUGAUGAUCUUUACCGGAAGUUGGGUUCAGAUGUCUUCAAGCAGAAUGUCAUUGUUGGCACUGUGAAGAUGGGCUGGAGCCAUGCGUUCUAUGACAGCGAAGCCUGGGAGAACAUCCUCAGAGAGAAAAUGGGCUCUAACCUUCUAGUGGAAACUUCAAGAAACCCUGAAUGCCCCAAGGUGGCAGCGGUGAGCACCAUUGUGAACCGGGGUACUCUGAAGGCGUAUGUGUUCAGGAACUACAACCUAAUGCCCGGGGUGCGUGCUCACUACCUGGGGGGCUGCCAGCACCAGCUCUGGCAGGCGAUCCGUGCCACAUCCGCAGCUCCUGGGUAUUUCCAGGAGUUCCCUUUGGGAACUGAUCUCCACCAGGAUGGAGGUCUGCUGAUUAACAACCCUACAGCGCUGGCUAUCCAUGAGAGUAAGUGUUUGUGGCCCAACACGCCCCUGGAGUGUGUGGUCUCGCUCGGUACGGGCCGCUCAUUUGAAACUCCCGGCAAGAGCAGCACCAACUACACGAGCCUCAAAACCAAACUCAACAAUAUCAUCAGCAGCGCCACAGACACUGAGGAGGUUCACACCAUGCUUGACGCCUUCCUCCCUAGUGGCACUUAUUACCGCUUCAACCCCUACAUGAGUGAAGACAUCUCCAUGGACGAGAGCCGACAGGACAAGCUCGACUUGCUGCAGACUGAGGGCAUCCGUUAUCUGGAGAGGAACGAGGAGAAGCUGAAGAAGGUUGCUCGCAUCCUCACCCGGGAGAAAAACUCCGUCCAGAGGAUGACGGAGUGGGGGAAGCUCAGGGCCGACAUGUAUAACGGUCUGUCCUUCCACUCCUCUAAACUCUAACACAGGCCACCUUUUACCUCUCAUGGAAACAUUUCCCUCAUGUUAGCGUUAUUGGUGUGUCAUGGUUGUUGACUUUGUGACCUGUAGUUUAGAGAAACAUUGUGUAAACACACAAGUAGGUAAUGUGUCCGACAUGCCAAACGCCUCCUUCCUCUGCGCUCAUACUUUGAAUGUGUUGUGUUGCAAUCUGCGUGGAAAUGCAUCUGGCUGUCCUCGUGGUUGGCAGCAAUCGACUUAGAACUGAAAGAUGUGUUGAUUGACGUGGAUUUGGAAACUCUCUAAAUAGGGAUUCACUGUCAUCUUGCUAGCACGUGCAGCUUAUAUACUUAAAGGAGUAAUUCAACAAUUUGGGGAAUACACUUAUUUGCUUUCUAGAAAAAACAGUUAGAUUAGAAGAUCGAUGCCACGUGAUUCUGUACGGUAAAUAUGAAGAGCGUUAGCAGUGGGUUAGCUUAGCUUAGUAUAAGGCUAACCGGCUGCUGGCUUUAGCUACAUUUUUAUGGUAUCAAACUUGUCCUCCAACUUUUGUCAAGAAGCAUAUAAAUAUAUUUCCUAAAAUGUAAAACUAUUCUUUAAAAAGAAAAGAAAAGCCAGUAACAGACUGUCGUACCAAGUAAGCACUUUUUAACCACUUGCUUUCUUUUUUAACGAUUUGUUGUAUAUCCUCACAAAGCUGUGUUAUUGUCACAGAAAGCGUGUAGACGGGAUAUUGAAAAUCUGCAACACUGUAAACAAUCAAUGUCAAGUCAUGACAUAAAGAUAAUUCUUGUUUUUGUAAAUGGUCUAAUCGAGGUCACUCUGAGCACUAAAUGCUAAGAUGUAACAAUUCAAAUGUGCACCUUUUUAACGAUGCAGCUACUGGUCAACUGUCCAAUUGUAUACUGAUAAUAGUAACAUUGGUGCACGAGGGCCCACUUUGAGCAUUACAGUAUUGCAAAUGGCGUAUGUAAAUGCAUGUUAUAUUUAAGAUUUUAUGCAAAAAGAAAAAGUACAUAUAAAGAGGAAAUACAAAGAAGUAUAUUUAGCAAAGAUUUACCCCCAUGUUUAAUUCUAAAACACCUAUAAUAAUGGUUUAAUAUGAAUAGCAGCUAUAUAAGUAUCCAAAUGAAGGCUCACUGUCAUAAGGAUGUCAUUUUUCCGUGUUAUUUUAGACCCAAGGUGUUUUAAGUUUCAAAAGCUUUUAUCAUCGUGUGCUUGAUUGUUUGGUUUUAUGGUUCCCCCACAGGCGAUACACAUUUUCUGCUCUGUCUUCAGUGUGCCCUCUUUCCCUUUGAUGCCUCUUCUCAAAAGCCUCUUUCUCCAUUUCUACCUUGAAGUGCUGUGCGUCAGCCCCCGCUCUGCUGUACUAUAACGUCUGUUGCAGGUCAGAGCUGAGGGACUGGUAUAAAACAGAUUGCUGCUUAUUGAUUUGUCAUGGCUUAAAAUGAUUUGAAUGACAGCUGAAAAAAAAAUGCACUGCAGACAUUCAUACCUAACCUGGUUUAAGUACUGUAUAACUGAUACAGCAAUGUGUCGGCCACUCCCAGAGGACCUGAGGUAAAGUGGACGCAGAUAUUACCCAGAUUAUUAUAAUUCCAAUGUUCUCCUUUUGAUCCUGUGUAAAGACUGUUUGAGAGUGUAUGUAAUUAAAACCCAUCACUGAA